GGCUGUAGGUCAAUCCGUGCGCGUGCUUUUAUUGGAUCUGCUGCUGUCACACAUUCGCGCCGCUGAUGUUCUCAACGCGCGUUAUUCCUCGUCAGGAAACUCGCGACGCGCAAACGCCUUUCUUUCCGUGUUCUUGCAGCCGCGCGUCGCUUUCUUUCGUCCGUCUGAUGAAGAACCGUAGGCCCGUGAUUGACAGCUGCUGUUGAAGGCAGGUUCCGCGAGGUCCGCGUUGACGCGCCGCGCCGGAGUUUCAUCAACGGCCCGUUUGAUGUCAUAAAUGCUGGAUCGCGCGUUCCGCGGCGGAUUUCAGCCUGUUGAUGGGGAGCGCGAUCAACGCGCCGGCUCAUGAGGCCGCACGGACACAUCGGGUGUGUUUGACGCCUGUCGAAGGAGAAUAAACGCUCAAACGCGCCGCACUAAUGGACGAAACCAUCGCGUAAAUCGAGCCGGAGAAAGACGCUGAGGAUGAGGAGGAGUAACGGGCGCGCGUGAGGACAAACAUGAGCAGACUUUCUGUUUGAUCAUCGCUAGAUCUGAUCGAUCCGGUCGUCUUGAUGAUCUGAGAGAGAGAAUCGUUCCUAUUAGCGAGAGGAGCGUCGCGACGCGCCGCGUCGCGCGGGUGAAUGAUGGGCUGCGCCUCCAGCAUCCACAUCUCCGAUCGCGUUUAUCACAGCGGGAAAGAGUCCGAGGAUUCGCAGAACUGCGGACACACCAGACCCAGCGCCCGCCAGAGCCCGUUGACGGAGGUGCAGUUCGGACCAAUGAAGCUCUAUGAAGAUCAACUGCAGGUACUGUUAGUGUUUGCCAAAGAUGACGCUCAGAGCGGCGGCUUCGCCUGGGCCUGUGAGCGGGCCGGGUUCAGGUGUAAUGUGGCCCGAACACCAGAGGCGGCGCUGGAGAGUUUCCAGGAGAAGAACCACGACCUGAUCCUCAUCGAUCACAGGCAUGCCAGGGGUUUCGACGCCGAGGCGCUCUGCCGCUCAAUACGAGCCGUCAGCUGCUCUCAACACACUGUGAUCGUGGCUGUAGUGAAAAGGCCGGAUCGUGAAGAAGCCACUGUGAUGCCGCUGAUAUCAGCAGGAUUUAACAGGCGAUACGUAGAGAACUCCAACAUGAUGGCCUGUUAUAACGAACUCCUGCAGCUCCACCAUGGAGAAGUACGAGCUCAGAUCAAACUCCGAGCCUGUAACGCUGUUUUUACUGCACUGGAACAGAGUCAGGAAGCCAUUGAGAUCAGCAAUGAAGAUCAGAUCAUACAGUACGUCAACCCAGCGUACGAGUGCAUCAUGGGAUACCAGCGCGGAGAACUGCUGAAGGAAAACACUGAAGUGCCUAAGAGUGAGAAAAACAAACCAGACCUGCUGGACAACAUCAGCUCCUGCAUCCACAGAGGGAAAGAGUGGCAGGGGGUUUAUUAUGCCAAAAAGAAGAACGGAGACAGUGUGCAACAGAAUGUGAAGAUGACGCCUGUCAUUGGACAGGGAGGUAAAGUCAGGCACUGUGUGUCUGUUAACAGGCCUUUAAAUGACCAUAACAAGACAGAAAAGCCCUGUGAGCGAGUCCAGGCCGAAUCACAGACAGAUAUUCAGCAGUUCAGCAAACACAAGGACCGCAGGAAAGGAUCGCUGGAUGUUCGCUCGACGACCUCUAGAGGAAGUGAUGCAGGAAGUUCCCAGAGGAGACACUCGUCUAUGGCCAGAAUUCACUCCAUGACUAUUGAAGCUCCCAUCACUAAGGUGAUAAACAUCAUCAAUGCGGCUCAGGAGAGCAGUCCGAUGCCGGUGGCCGAAGCGCUGGACCGAGUGCUGGAGAUCCUGAGGACCACAGAGUUGUACUCUCCUCAGCUCGGCACUAACGAGGAAGACCCGCACACUAACGACCUGGUGGGCGGAUUAAUGACCGACGGGAUGCGCAGGUUAUCAGGGAACGAGUAUAUCUUCACCUCUAAACAGCUGCAUCACAUCCCGAGUCACCUGACCACACCACUGUCCCUCAACGAUAUCCCACCAUGCAUUGCUCAGACGAUGGAAAACGAAGACUCGUGGGACUUUGAUAUUUUCAGCCUGGAGUCGGCCACCAUGAAGCGGCCUCUGCUGUUCCUGGGCUUGAAGAUCUUCUCUCGGUUCGGUGUGUGUGAGUUCCUCAACUGUCCCGAGGCGACGCUGCGCUCGUGGCUUCAGAUCCUCGAGGCCAAUUAUCACUCCAGCAACUCGUACCACAACUCCUCGCACGCCGCGGAUGUGCUGCACGCCACAGCUUACUUCCUGUGCAAGGAGCGCGUCAAGCAAAGUCUGGACCCCAUAGACGAGGUGGCGGCCCUGAUCGCUGCUGCUGUUCAUGAUGUGGACCAUCCGGGCCGCACAAACUCCUUCCUGUGUAAUGCAGGAAGUGAUCUCGCCAUCCUGUACAACGACACGGCAGUGCUAGAGUCGCAUCACGCAGCGCUAGCGUUCCAGAUCACCACGCGAGACGACAAGUGCAACAUCUUCAAGAACAUGGAGAGGAACGAGUACCGCACGCUCCGCCAGGCCGUCAUCGACAUGGUCCUCGCCACUGAAAUGACCAAACACUUCGAGCACGUCAACAAGUUCGUCAACAGCAUCAACAAACCGCUGGCGGCCCUGGAGGAGAACGAGGGCAGCGGAGACGAGGACUCGGUGAAGAACAUCCUCACGGUUCCAGAGAACCGGAUGCUGGUGAAGCGGAUGUUGAUCAAGUGUGCCGACAUCUCGAACCCGUGCCGCCCGCUGGAGCUGUGUGUGGAGUGGGCCGGACGCAUCUCAGAGGAGUACUUCGCUCAGACGGAUGAGGAGAAGCAGCAGGGUUUGCCGGUGGUGAUGCCCGUGUUCGAUCGCAACACCUGCAGUAUUCCCAAAUCCCAGAUCUCCUUCAUCGAUUACUUCAUCACGGACAUGUUCGACGCCUGGGACGCGUUUGCCGAUCUGCCCAAUUUAAUGCAGCAUCUGGACAACAACUUCAAAUACUGGAAGGGUUUGGACGAGCAGAAGCUGCGGAGCCUGAGGCCGCCGGAGUGACGGGCGAGACGCGGCUCCUCCAGCUCGCCACUCGUCACGCUUCAUCAUCAGUAACUAACGAGGAGAAUCAUGUUCGCUAACAAACACCCUGAAGAGAUGGGACGGCCGACAGGACGAAGGCUGCUCUAGACUGAGGCGCUCGUUCUCCUGAAGACUUCCCAGCGUCCCCUCUGAGCUCGCUCUCCUGACGAGACUGCUGCCUUAUUUUAUACGCUAUAUUUAUACGCAGUGCUGACCCACGACGGACAUCUGCAGUUUUUAACACUCUCAUGUUAUAUGAAGUAAAUCUCAAUAUUUUUAUAGAUACUGAAUUUUACACUGGAAGGAUGUAAAGCAUCUCAGACUGGUGUGAGAGACGAUCGCUUCUCUUCCCGCCCAGCGAUUCCCUCCAUCUUCCCAUCAGGGCUCGAUCAUUCCCAGAGAGACGACGGGAUUCACUCCACAUGGAGAGACCUGUGCUUCAUUUCGUCUCAAAUCCAGAUCCUCUUCCUGCAGACGAACACCGACAGAACGUUGACUCGGACAAACCUUGACGCAGACGAACGUUGACUCAGAAAAACGCAGACGGACGUUGACGCAGACGAACGUUGACUCAGAAAAACGUUAACCGUUGAGUGCAGACAAACGUUGACUCAGAUGAACGCAGACGAACGUUGACUCAGAAAAACGUUGACACAGACGAACACAGAUGGACAUUGACGCAAACGAGCGCAGACAGUCGUUGAUGCAGACGAAUGUUGACUUGGAAAAACGUUGACAGACGAGUGCAGACGAACGUUGACUCAGACGAGUGCAGAUGGUUGUUGACGCAGACGAGCGCAGACAGUCGUUGAUGCAGACAAACAUUGACGCAGACGGACGUUGACUCGAACGAGGGCAGACGAACGUUGACUCAGACAAACGUUGACAGACGAGUGCAGACGAACGUUGACUCAGACGAGUGCAGAUGUUGCCGCAGACGAACGUUGACUCAGACGAGUGCAGAUGUUGACGCAGACGAACGUUGACUCAGGCGAGUGCAGAUGUUGACGCAGACGAGUGCAGAUGUUGCCGCAGACGGACGUUGACUCGAACGAGGGCAGACGAAUGUUGACUCAGACAAACGUUGACAGACGAGUGCAGACGAACAGUGACUCAGACGAGUGCAGAUGUUGCCACAGACGGACGUUGACUCGAACGAGGACAGACGAAUGUUGAUGCAGACGAACGUUGAUGCACAUGGAGGUUGACGCAGACGGACGUUGAUGCAGACGAGCGCAGACGCAGACAAACGUUGACUCAGACGAGCGCAGACGCAGACAGUGGGGUCACGGGCUCGUGGCCUUUAGCCCGGCUCAUUUUUUGCUCCAGAAUUAAAAAAGAAAUGAGAUUCUAUUUUGUAUUUUAGGACCAUUGCGAUUUUCUUUUGCUUUGUGACAUUAUUUCCAAGAUGAAUUACCUCUUUAAAUCCCACUUAAAAUUCUCAUCGGUAAUGUCAAGAGAACUUUAUUGUAAAGUAUUUCUACAUCAUUGUAGUAUUUGUUGUACUGCCCUUUUUGAUUUAAUAAAAAGCUAUUUUUUAUUGUAAUGCAGAACUACAAUAAUAAAACUAACGUCCAGGUCAUA